AUGAAGAAGGAAAAGAAGGACAAAAAGGACAAGAAGGACAAGAAGGACAAGAAGGACAAGAAGGACAAGCGAGACCGCGACGCGGCUGGGGACGCGGGCGGCGAAGCGAAAAAGGCCGCCCCCGACGGCACCAACUUCACCCCCGUCGCCGAGUUCAGCGAGGCUGGCUUCUCCAAGGAUGUCCUCGCCGCCACGGCCAACUUCAAGAAGCCGUCGCCAAUCCAGGCCCAGUCGUGGCCCAUCGUCCUGAGCGGUCACGACAUGGUGGGCAUCGCCGCGACCGGCUCCGGGAAGACCAUGGCCUUCGGUCUCCCCGCGCUCAUGCAGAUCCUCGCGCAGCCCAAGUGUGCGCCGGGCUCGCCGCAGUGCCUCGUGCUCGCGCCCACCCGCGAGCUGGCGCAGCAAACGGCGAAAGUCUUCGAGGACGCGGGCACCGCGUGCGGCGUGCGUUGCGUGUGUGUGUACGGCGGUGCCCCCAAGUGGGAGCAGAAGAAGCUUAUGCAGCAGGGCGGCGGGUGCGCGGUGAUCGUCGCCACGCCUGGAAGGCUGCGCGACUUCAUGAACGACGGCGACGUCAAGCUGGACAAGGUGACGAUGCUGGUGCUCGACGAGGCGGACAGGAUGUUGGACCUCGGGUUCGAGCCCGAAAUCAGGGAGAUCGCCGGCAAGACCCGCGCGGACCGCCAGACCGUCAUGUUCUCCGCCACGUGGCCCACGUCCAUCCAAGGCUUGGCUGCCGAGUUCAUGUGCAAUCCGGUCAAGGUGAGGAUCGGCGCGGAGGGCCUCAAGGCGUCGCACUCCGUGACGCAGGUGGUGGAGGUCGUGGAGCCCAACGAAAAGGACGCUCACCUCGCUAGGGUCCUGAAGAAGUACCUCGGGGGUAAGAAGCCCGUGCCCAGGACCCUCGUGUUUGCGCUGUACAAGAAGGAGUGCGCGAGGCUGCACGAGAACCUGAGGCGGCAAAACUGGCAGGCGGCUUGCAUCCACGGCGACAUGUCGCAGCGGGACCGCGAGCUUUCCGUGGAGGCGUUCAAGAGCGGGUCCAGCCCGCUUUUGAUCGCCACCGACGUCGCCGCGCGAGGCCUGGACAUCAAGGGUGUCGAGUACGUCAUCAACUACACCUUCCCCCUCACCACCGAGGAUUACGUGCACCGCAUCGGCCGAACCGGUCGCGCGGGGCAGACGGGACUUGCGCACACGUUCUUCACCCAGCACGACAAGGCGAGGGCGGGUGAGCUGGCGAACGUGCUCAGAGAGGCGGGUGCCGAGGUGCCCACCGCCCUGACAGCCUUCGGCACUCACGUGAAGAAGAAAGAGUCCAAGUUGUACGGUGCGCACUUCAAGGACAUCGAUACGUCGGUCAAAGCCAAGAAGAUCACCUUCGACUAA